GCCCCUCCGCCAGCCAAGGCGCCGUCCGUACGCAGGGCCUGCACCGCUUGCCACGCCGGCAAAACCAGGUGCAGCGAGGCCCUCCCCUGCCAGAGCUGCCUCAAGCGCGGCCUCGGGGCCUCAUGCACCUACCCAGAUCCCGACACAGAUCCCCACCAACAGAACCAGGCGCAACCCGUACGUUCUGCUCUCCCUUUCUGCGGCCCCUGUUCCCGGGCUUAUCCUACCCCCCCGUCCCCGUGCGCAGCCCAGGUGCCGCCGUUCCCGACGAUGCCCUACCCCCCGCAGAUGCAGCAGGGGCUCCAGCACCCGCCGUACUACGACUACAGCAACACCUUCGCCGCCCCCGCCAACACCAGCACGGCGCCCAGCACCAACGCAAACCCCAGCGCCUCCACCUCCACCUUCCGGCCGACGAAGCGACCACGCCCUCUCACCGAGGAAGAAACCGCCGCCAUCACCCGCAACUUCACCCGCGGUGACUUCUUUGUCGGCUCGAGUGCCCCCGUCCGCAUCGACCCCCGGCUUCCUGUCCGCCUCACUCUCGCCGAGGGCGAUCAGGUCCAUUUCUCCAUCGGUGAGGCCGUA